AUGGGCGCCAAAGGUGUGAAACGCAAGGCCACGGCCGCCAACAAGGCAGCCAAACUCCCUGUCCGCGCAAGGAACAACGAGCCAGCACAACCAGAAGCGGCCAAAGGCACAAUGAUGGUUUUCGACGACGACGAUGACGAAGGAGAUCAGGUAGUGUCGACGAAACUGUCAUCGAUUGAAAAGCCUGUUUUGCGGGCAACGAUUCCCGACAGCGAAGAGGACGAGGACAGUGACGACGACGAGGCCCCCGAGGCGACAUCGACACAAAACAUUGCAUCCAAUGCAGAGCAACUAGCCGCCGCAGCCAGCAAAGCGGCAGAGGAACUGGCCGCUACACAGAAGCGCAAGCGACAGGAACGAGAUGCGCUCUUCAAGCAACAGGCAACCAGCCGCAAGUCAAAACCCACGCUCGCAAAAGCCGAGGACUCUGACUCGGAAGAAUCGCCAAAGCCCAAGAUACCCGCUCUGCUGCCGGAAGAGUUCCUCACAGACGAGUCGGAGGCUGAUUCUGACGCCGAGUCCUUUGGCGAUAUGGACGACCGGCCCAAGAGGAGACGGGUCGCCCACGUGGAGCGUACCUUGACGAGGCUGGAUCGAGGGCCAGCGGAUGAGAGGGUGGGAUCAACAAUGUUCAGCGUGGCCAAGACAAAGACGGAUCCGCGGUUGCCCCCCAAGAUGAACAAGAACGCGAAGCACCGGAAAGAUGCAUUGUUACAGAGGAAGCGGGUGGCGGUCCAGCCAAAGGGCAAAUUCUUCAAGAAAUGA